UGCCCUUCAAAACCAUUUUUCUAUAUAUAGCGAUUAGCGAGUGAUGUGUUUUGCCAGCCCUUCCUUUUUCUCUCUGCCUCAAAACCUGAACUUACAUUGCACAAUUGCAUUUCUGUCUUAACCUCCAAUAAGUAUAUAACUCGAUCAACUUUUUUGGAAUUGGGAUAUAAUAACACAACAAACCCUAGCCAAUUUAUAUUUCCAAACAACCCCUUUACCCCUUUGUUUCUAGGCUUUUUCUGCAUUCAAUUAGUUUGGUUGAUCAGAAUUGCAAGCCUUGAUUUGAAAAUGAUGACUUGUUUAGUUUCUCGGACGGGAAGGGAAUUGCAGAGGUACAACAUGGGCCGCCGGCAAGUCGUAGGAUGCAUACCUUAUAGAUACAAAGAUGGCAGUGAUGGUGUCGUUAGCAACGAAUUGGAAGUUCUUGUGAUCACUUCACAGAAAGGCAAUGCAUUUAUGUUCCCUAAGGGGGGUUGGGAACUUGAUGAAUCCGUAGAAGAAGCUGCUUCAAGAGAGUCACUAGAAGAAGCAGGUGUUUUAGGCAAUGUUGAGUGUCAAUUGGGCAAAUGGUGUUUCAUGAGCAAAAGCCAAGAGACAUAUUAUGAAGGGUACAUGUUUCCCUUGUUUGUCAAGGAGCAACUAGAUCUUUGGCCUGAGAAGAAUGUACGACAAAGAAUAUGGAUGACUGCAGCGAAGGCGAGAGAGGCAUGCCAACAUUGGUGGAUGAAGGAAGCGUUGGACAUUUUGGUUGAACGGCUGACCUCGGAACAAAAACAAGGGGAGGAGAAUGUACUGGCUUGUUCUCUCAAUUAAUUAGCAAAUCAAGAUUCCCUCGCAUUGUACAUAGAAAUUGCUUUGAAGAAGUUUCCGUCCAGCCAGAAAAUUGGACUGUUCUAGGGGAAACUUCCAAAACAGACCAAAGUGUAAAAAGGGAAUUAGUUUUUUAGUUUUUAUUUAUCAUAAUUUAUUUUAGUGUUUAAUUGUCGCCCGUCUCUAAGUUGCUAUUCUCCAUCUUCUGAUGAGAGAGAGAAAGUUGAUGUGUUGAAAAAUAAGGACCAGAGAAGAAAAUUUGCAGGAUAUAUGUACAUGUACAUGCAUAUAUGUGAAUUAAUAGUUUUAUGAAUUCAAUGCAUUCAAUUCA